UAAGUUUGGAAAAUCAAAACAUGUAAAAUAUGGAACAGUACACGAAUACGACCAUAGCUACAUUUACCAUGACCACUAUCCGUAUAGCUGUAGUGGGCAAUGCCACUGGGUAAGAAAAUUUGAUUGAUUUACAGUUCAUAUAGUUUAGUGUAUAAACAGCUGAUUUAUGUUAUAUACAGUGGCCCAGCUCGAAAACAGGGAAACAUGCAGCUUCUUCGAUAAUUUUUUACACAAAAUCUUACGUGAGUUUCUAUUGAAGGCGUUCAAGCCCAGAACACAGAGAUGGGAUUGGAAUAUAGAUAAAUUUCAGAGCCAGGACUUAGAAUUUUUCAGAUAGAGUGCCGUAAAGGAUGUUACACACAAAUGACACAACCCAUGGGGAAUGAGACAAUAUGUCGGCGUAUAUGUGACAAAGAGCUUAGAAAAGAUGUUGGGUCAAGAGAGGUAAAACCUUUCCGUAAUAGUUCGUCUGAUAGAGAUGCAUGCUGGGAUAGCUGUCAUUUUCUGACAAAACUCUGGGUCCAAACAAAAGAGUCGGGAGUUAUACCAGUAUCAAAACAGAAGAUUGAUAUAGAUCCCCCAGAACUGUACUGCUAUUUCACUGAGAGCCAAGAUCCUAAGUUCAAGGACCGUUCUGCUCACAUCUUAUUUAAGCUACAUCGCUUUUUUGAGAAUGACACAUUUCCGUUGAUGUUUGUGCUUAUGGCUGCCCCCGUGAAUACUACAGACUGGGAAAUCCUGGGUUUGGCCAAUUACACGUUUGUGGAGGUUAAAAGACUGUUGCCAGGCAACAGGGCGAGGAUGAUGUCUACCCCUGUAUUGGCUGAUGGUAUCGUUGGUGAACCCUUAAUUUCAAAGCCUUAUAGAACACACGAAGUUGGGACAAAACCCUCUGCACCAAGAAGAGUGUGGCUAGAAUCUGAAACGAUGAUUGGUAAUACUACUAAAACUGCCUAUAACAUCAUUGUUGUUUCUUGGGAAACAAACAAAGAACAGAGUUGCCAAUACAGAGUGGAAUAUGCAAAGAUGGAUAGCAAGGACCCCAAUGAUAAAGAACAAUAUCCGGACUACCCUUAUUACACAGGAUGGAAAGUGAGGCUGCAUUUGGAUUCUGGGAGUAAAUACAUUGUGAAUGUCAGUGCAAUGUCACCCGAUUACGAGCCAAGUCCAAACUCAACAACAAGCUUACAACUGCUUACUAAACACUGUGUGGAGAUAAGUCAACACAGAAGAACACAAUGCAUACCCGGUCAACCAAAGUUCAGCAACUUCAACUUCAGCAAAAGCAGAAAUACAACCUUCAGAGAGUUGUACAAUGCAUUUAUUAUGUGGCAGCCUCCGAAAGUUGGAGCAGACAUUGUUGAAUAUUACAAAAUAGAAUGGCAUCGCCGACCAAAUUUUGAUGGCCCCCUUAGCAUAGACAAGACAGUUCCACAUAACAGCGACAAUAUGGAAAUUACAACCAAUUCUACCCAUUAUCUGAUCCCUGAUCUGUGGGGAUCUUAUGUAUAUGAGGUGUCAAUCAAGGCAGUGUCACUGGCUGGGGAAGGCGAAGCAGUAUUACACAGCAAGUUCAUUGGGAAGAAAUCACCAACUACAUUAGCGCCUGACGUGAAAUCUGGGGACCUGUUAUAUUUGAUCAUUGUUCCACUGGGACUUGUACUUCUGACGGUAAUUGGAUGUCUUGUCCUAUUCUGCCACCGUAAAAAACAACCUAAAAAAGCUUCUAAAGCGUGGCAAGAAAAUAUGAACUACAACUUGCCUAAUUUGGACCAAGAUGAGGAGGAUUUGUUGUUAGAGCUUGACAACUUUGAAGUGAGUUUCAGCAGCCUCACUCUGAGACAGGUCAUUGGCCAAGGGGCAUUUGGAAAGGUUGUCUGUGCUGAACUACAUGCCUCUACGAGAAUAAUGCGCAAUGCACAACUACCCAUGGUUGCAGUUAAAAUGUUAAAAGAUGGCGCGCUGGAGGAAGAUGCUCAGAAUUUGCGCUCAGAGAUCAAGUUGAUGAAGCAACUUGGGCGUCACAAAAACAUUGUUUCAAUGGUAGCAUGUUGUACUACUGGGCCUAAGGUCUGUCUCGUUAUGGACUACUGUCCUUUAGGAGAUCUCAAGAACUACUUACGUAGACUCAGAGAGAAGUACGCACCGCUGUUAAAUCUUGUGCCAACUAGUCAAGCGGACAAAGUGUACAGUUUCUAUCAGGCGAGGCAUCAUUCUGAAGAAGACAGUGGCACAUGUAUUACGGAUAUGACUGCACUGUCGAGUAGCAAAUCAUCUUUACAGAAUAUAGAUGCUGGUUCAAAGCGGCCUGAAUCUGGAGCUCUAUCUGAAGAGAGUGCUGUGUGUCUUACUGAGGAUAAACUGGUACCCAGCAAGGAGGACUUUGUUAGUUCAAAACAACUUAUAUCAUACGCCAGACAGAUUGCAGUUGGCAUGGAAUAUUUAUCACAGAAGAAAUUUGUACAUCGAGACCUAGCAUGUCGUAAUGUACUUGUCUUUGAUCACAACUUGGUGAAGAUAUCUGACUUUGGCCUGACUCGGGAUAUAUAUGAGAACAGCCUCUAUCUUAAAACCACACCUGGAAAGCUUCCGUUUAAAUGGAUGGCUAUUGAGUCAAUAUUUGACCAAAUUUAUACAAUUAGAAGUGAUGUGUGGUCAUUUGGUGUUACAUUAUGGGAACUGGUAACUUUAGGUGGCUCCCC